CCUAUCUCUCCCAUCCUUCCAUUCAAUCCUUCCUUCCUCCUGACAGGCCUCCAGUCUUCCUGGAGGCGCGGGCGUGAGGCGGUGCCGGGCACCCUUUCAAGACUACGGGAGCCCGGGGCUUGGGCUGGGCCUAGCUCCUUCCCUCCCUCCCUCCCUCCUCGGGCCCGUGCCCCGCCCCUCUCUCCCCAGCCUGCAUUUCCCUCCCUGUCCCGCCACCCUUUCCCCGCUCUUCUUCUCCCGGUUCUGCUCCGGAGAGCGGCAGGCGAGCAGGCUCAGCGGGGGGUGACCAGGCCUCGGAUCCAAAAUGGCGGCUCCGGCCCUGACGGGGUCGCUUCGCGCUGCGCUGCAGCCGAGCAAGAAGGCGGUCCCGCCGGGCAGCCUCAUCUCUUGGACGAAGGGAGGCCGGCAAGACAGACUCUUCUUCAGCCAUUGUGUCUCAGGGGCCAGAAAUGAACCCAUUAAGAUGCUAACGAGACCCCCAUUGCUCAGAUUCGUUGGCGAACGGAAGUGGCACUCACUGGCCUCGAGGGCGGCGCUACGGUGGCGCCCAUUGUACGUACUGUUUGCAACAGGAAGUGGAUACGCUGCUUACCGAGGAUACCAGCAACACAAGGAGAAGCAGCUGGAGGAACAAGGCAUCGAGGUCCCACCCAGAAUUGCCCAUCCAUGGGAGGUGUGGUUGUACCGCUCGCUGCCGACGCGGCUGGUGUCGCGUGCUUGGGGGCGUCUGAGCCGGGUGGAGCUUCCCGUGUGGCUGCGUGGCCCACUACUAGGACUGUACGCCUGGGCUUUCGGGGUGGACCUGCAGGAGGCUGCCAUUGAGGACCUGCGCCACUACGCCUCCCUCAGCCAGUUCUUCGCCCGCAGACUCAAGCCCCACGCACGGCCCCUCGAAGGCCACCCCACUCACACCAGCGCCGCCACCACCCUGAUUAGCCCAUCGGAUGGACGGAUCCUGAGCUUUGGCCGGGUGCGGAACUGCGAGGUGGAGCAGGUCAAGGGCAUCACCUACUCACUGGAAGACUUCCUGGGACCCCUCCCACACACACAGGAAGGGGCAGGGCCGCCUCAGCACCACGGACCCUCCUCUGACUCCAACUCGGACUCCGCCUCCUUCCAGCAGCGCCUGGUCUCAGGGGAGGGCCGCGACCUCUUCCACUGCGUCAUCUACUUGGCCCCUGGAGACUACCAUGGCUUCCAUUCCCCCACUGACUGGCAGGUCGCCCUCCGGCGCCAUUUCCCAGGGUCACUGAUGUCGGUGAGCCCCGGGGUGGUGCGGUGGGUGCGCUCCCUGUUCUGCCACAACGAGCGAGUGCUGCUGUGUGGCUGCUGGAAGCAUGGCUUUUUCUCCCUGACGGCCGUGGGGGCCCAGAACGUGGGCUCCAUCCGCAUCUACUUUGACCAGGAGCUGGAGACGAACCGCCCCGGGGACCGCCAGGGCUCCUUCCGGGACCUGCACUUCGGCCUGAAGGAGGGCGCGGAGCCUGGCCAAACAGAGAGGGGGAAUGGCUUGGUCCCUAGUCCAGGGGGUGUGGCCCUGCAGAGGGGAGAGCCCCUGGGGGAGUUCAACCUGGGCUCCACUAUCGUCCUCCUCUUCGAGGCCCCCACCCACUUCAACUUCCGCCUUCAUGCCGGCCAGAAGAUACGCUUUGGGGAGGCCCUCGGGGAGGCCCUCUAACCCAAGAAAGCAAGGAAGGCGGCCAUCUUGCGUACAGGGAAGAAGACGAGACAGAGAGAACCGCCGGGGGCAGCUGCAAUUUUCUUUUGGGGGAGGGAAAUACAUUGCACGUGGUGUGCAUUUUGUUUGCGGGACUUUCCCCACACACAAGUGGCAGCCGUUUCGUGUGGGGAAAAGGGAAGAAAUAACCAGUGGCAACCAGGUUGUUUUGGAGAAAAUAUACUGCACUUGUCUGGGAAGAAGAACCAGUGGCAGCCAUUUUGUGUGGGGAAGGAAAGAAACAAGCAGUGGUGGCUGUUUUGGAGGAAAUACUUUGCAUGUGGCAGCCAUUGUGUCUGGGAAGAGGAACCAUUGGUGACCAUGUUGUGUAUGUGGGAAGGAAAAUUACAAAUGGCAGCCAGUAUCUUUGGGAAGGAUUGAAGAAAUAAGUAGCAGCACCCAUUUUGUUUUGGGGAGAAUAUAUUGCACACGUCGGCCAUUUUGUUUAGGAAGAACUAAAAGAACAACUUUUGUUUUGAAUGGGGGAGAAAAAUUGCAAAUGGCAGUCAUUUUGUCUUGGAAGAAAUUGUAGACAAAUGGUGGCCAUUUUGUUUUGAGAAGAACAAGAAAACGGCUACCAUUUUAUUUUGGGAAGAACAACAAAAGGACAAAUGGUGGUCAUUUUGGAAAGAAAAUAUGCAAAAAUGGUGGAUUUUCCUCCUUUUUCGAAUUGCUUUCUCUCUCAGCAGGAACUGAGUAGAGAAAAGAAACGAACUUCUUAUUUAAAACCAUUCACAGAUCGAGAAGAAGUGUCGCUUUUGGGGCCUUAAUAAUAAAUACAAAGAAUUGUCAUUUCCCUCCA